AUGGCAGAUGAUGGGAAAGGCCUCCGCCAUCCCCCCCGUGGCAUUGCGAGCGCGGUGGCGGCGACCGGCGGCGCCGCCGCUUCGCCGCCGGGCACCGGCAGGGAUCCUCUCCCUCCGGAGGCGAAGACCUUCUCCGCCAGCAUCUCCACAGAUCUUCCCCUCUACGACACUCCAGAGGUGAUCCUCUCUCUCUCUCUCAAUCUAUCUAUCUCUAUCUCUAUCUCUUUCUCUCCUCUCAGAGAGUCUCCGCAUCUGGUUCAGGCCUCCUUCGACGAGUACCUCGACGACCGGCCGCGGAUAUUCCGCGCCAUGUUUCCCGAUCGCCGCCGCAGCCGGCAACUGAACGAGGUGAUCCUCCCCCUUCCUCUCCUCCUCCUUUUCUUCCCCCAAUCGAAACUCUAACAUUCCUCUUCAUCCUUUUCCCCGAUCGAAAACCCUAACAUGUUCGUCCAAUGAAGGAGGAGUGGAAGGUACAGAUGCUGCCGAUAGAGUUUCUGUUCGCCUCCGUCAACCCCGUCGUCGUAAUGCGUCUGCGCUGCUGCUCCCACGGCGAGGACCACCCGCUGGAGGUUCCGCCCCACAUCACCCGCGCCCUCGACCUCCGAGUGGUGAGUUCACUCCCUUUUCCUCGGCGAUCCAGGCGGCGGUGGAAGAACCGACGGCUCUGUAACUCCUCUCCCAUCCCCCGCAGACCAGGUGGGAGCUCCGAGGUCUCGACAUGGCGCACUCUCCGCGCCACUUCGGGCUUGAUGUGCGGGGCCUGCUAUAUCCCGAUCGAGGGGAAGGUGGUGCCGCCGCCGCCGCCGCCGGCGGCCGACGGAGCCGCCUGAGGGGCCGCCUGCAGAUGAGCAUCUCCUUCGUCCUCCCGCCGGUGCUUUCUCUGGUCCCGGAGCAGGUCCUCAGAGGCGUCGCCGACUCGGUAACUUCUCCUUCUCCUCCUCCUCCUCCGUCGAUCAAUCUUCCCCCCUUCUGCAACCUCUGAUUUUUCUCCUUCUUCCUCCGAUCAAUUCGAUUUCGCUGCAGGUGCUGAGAAGACUGCUGCAGAAGAUGAAGGACGACGUCAACGGGGGCCUCCUCAGCGAUUUCCAGAGUUUCAGGAGGGAGAGGAUGAAGGAGAAGCAGCUCCUGAAGAAGCCCGCCCAGCGGCAACUUCUCCGCCCGGACCCAGACCAAACUCCAUGA